UGCUUUUUAUUUCUUUGGCACUAAUUUCGUAUCUCUUUCCCUCUUCGCUUUAGCUGCUGCUGCUGCUGCUUCCAGUGCUGCUUAAUUUCACAAAUCAUUAGCUCCUGCUUGUGAACGGUAGUAGCCCAACACAGAAAACCUAGCUUUCUUCAUAAUGCACUGCUCAAUCUCCGGCGAGGUGCCGGAAGAGCCCGUGGUCUCGAAGAAGUCUGGGCUUUUAUAUGAGAAGCGUUUAAUCGAGAGGCACAUAUCCGAUUAUGGAAAAUGCCCAAUUACUGGGGAACCACUUACAAUGGAUGACAUUGUUCCGGUCAAAACAGGCAAGAUUGUGAAACCAAGAACUGUGCAGACUGCUAGCAUCCCUGGGAUGCUUGGAAUGUUCCAGAAUGAAUGGGAUGGUCUGAUGCUUUCUAAUUUUGCUUUGGAGCAACAACUACAUACUGCAAGGCAAGAGCUAAGCCAUGCAUUAUACCAGCAUGAUGCUGCUUGCCGAGUGAUUGCAAGGCUUAAAAAGGAAAGGGAUGAAGCAAGGCUAUUACUUGCACAAGCUGAGAGGCAAAUGCCUAUGUUAGCAACAGCAGCUGCUACAGCUAAUGCCUCUGCUCUUAGCAAUGGAAAAAGAGCUGCUGAGGACGGUGAUUUGGGGCCACCUGGAAAGAGAGCACAUGCUGGAAUUUCUGACAUCAUUACUAAGUUAACAGACUGUAAUGCGGCUCUUUCACAACAGCGGAAAAAGCGGCAGAUUCCUCCAACAUUGUCUCCUAUUGAUGCUUUAGAGAGGUACACACAGCUUUCCAGUCAUCCCCUUCACAAAACCAGCAAGCCAGGCAUUGUCUCUAUUGAUAUCCAUUACCCUAAGGACAUCAUUGCUACUGGAGGCGUUGAUUCCACUGCAGUACUUUUUGAUCGCCUAUCAGGACAGAUCCUAUCUACACUAAGUGGUCACUCAAAGAAGGUCACCAGUGUGAAAUUUGUUGCAGAGGGUGAUUUAUUUUUAACUGGAUCUGCAGACAAGACUGUUCGCAUAUGGCAAGGAUCUGAAGAUGGAAACUAUGACUGCAGACACAUCUUGAAGGAUCAUACUGCUGAGGUAAAUGCUGUCACUGUCCAUGCCACCAACGACUACUUUGUGACUGCUUCUCUCGAUAAUACAUGGUGCUUCUAUGAUCUCUCCUCUGGCUCAUGCUUGACACAGGUCUCUGACACUUCAAAAUCCGACACUUCUAAACCUGAGGGCUAUACAUCUGCAGCUUUUCAUCCUGAUGGUCUCAUCCUUGGAACAGGCACCUCAGAAGCCGUUGUUAAAAUUUGGGAUGUAAAAAGCCAGUUAAAUGUUGCAAAAUUUGAUGGACAUGUAGGAGCAGUGACUGCUAUAUCUUUCUCAGAAAAUGGUUACUUCCUAGCGACUGCAGCACAUGAUAGUGUUAAACUAUGGGAUCUGCGGAAAUUGAAGAACUUCCGGACACUCAAUCUUUAUGAUUCAGAUACACCAACAAACUCUGUGGAAUUUGACCACAGUGGCUGUUAUCUUGGAGUUGGAGGCUCAGAUAUAAGAGUUUUCCAAGUUGCCAGUGUGAAAGCAGAAUGGAAUUGCAUCAAAACUCUCCCUGAUUUGUCUGGCACAGGAAGAGCAACUUGUGUAAAAUUUGGUCCUGAUGCAAAAUACAUAGCAGUAGGAUCAAUGGAUCGCAACCUCCGUAUAUUUGGCCUGCCUGGGGAUGAUGGUCAAACAGAGUGAUGCAAUGUGUGCAAGUUGCUUGAUUUGGAAGUGGGCUCUUGAUAUUCCUUGAAGUUGCUUUUAUUGCUUCUGUUGGGCUGUACUGUUUUGGCUGAUGAAGCAAAUGGUAGAACUUGAUUUCUCAUCAAUUGUGCAGAGUUGACCCUUCACUCAAUUUUCUAUUAAUGAAGCCAUGUGACUAGGUGCAGGGUCACCUGGGAUUGAAGAAGUGAAAUUGAAUAGCUAGUCAGUCCUAUUGUAUUAAAUUGUCAUUGGGAUUUCCAGAAAAUAGACCUUGCAUUUGAUCUACACCUUGAGAUUUUGCUUGCUACUUCAAUUCAUAUCCUUCUAAAUUUGUAAUGUGCUUCUAUAGUUAAAUUUAUCCUUAUUGGUCGAUACACUAGCUUAUUGACAUCAACCUUUUGCAGUUUGGUUCGAUUACAUACGCAUUAUAAAGUGAGUUGUUUGUACUA